AUGGAAGGGUCAAUGUUUGUCUGUGUAUACGACGAUGGAGAAAUUGCUAGUGACGCUCAAACUAGUGCCUACUUUGCAUCUGCAAAGACAAUCAUGAUCCGCAUCCAUAGAGGUUUCGGCUUAUCCAAACUUAUUCGCAUAAUAAUGGAGAAAGCAAAUAGAGAUCCAAGGGAUGGAGUUUCAGUUAUUCACUUUAAAUUUCCGACUAAAGUUUGUGGCCAACAUGUGACAUACACAACCACUCAGAUCCAAGAUGACGACGACUUGGAUGGCGCUUUCGACAUGAUACAAGUCACCCCAACUGUUACAUCUAUUGAACUCUGCAUCACCUACAACUCAGCGUACGCAUUGACGGAGCCACGUUGUAACUACUACUACAACAUCAUUAGAGAAGACAACUCAGAAGCAGCAGCUUGGGUUGACCAAAUUCCAAGGGAACAAUGGUGUCUUGCAUAUGAUCAAGGAAGAAGGUGGGGUCACGUAACAACAAAUUUGGCUGAAGUAAUAAAUUUUUUCUUGAAGAAGACAAGAAAUUUGCCAAUUUCAUCCAUAGUAUUGGCCACGUACACCAGGUGCAACACAUACUUUACCAAAAGAGGUAGACAAAUAACUGCAAUGCUUAGUGCUGGUCAUGUGUAUUCUGAAUAUGCGAUGAACUUCCCACAAAAUGCGGACUCCAAGUCCAACACGCACCACGUCGUUGAAUUUGAUAGAAAUACUACAAGAUUUAGAGUGGAGGAGAUGGUCAAUCCCAGAGAGGUUCGUCCGGCAGGAAAAUUUGUAGUCAGGUUAGAUGAAAGGUGGUGCGAUUGUGGAAAGUUUCAAAAACUACAUCUACCAUGUUCACAUGUUAUUGCAGCUUGCAAGCAUGCACAUCACGACUUCAGCAUGUACAUAAGUCCACAUUACAGGUUGGAUGUCAUUGUCAAAGUAUAUGACAAUUUAUUUGGCGAGUUAAGACAUGAAGAAUAUUGGCCACCAUACCAAAGGCCACAGGUUUGGCCUCAUCCUGCCACAAAAAGGACUGAGAAGGGUCGUCCUAAAUCAAGUAGAAUUAGGACUGAGAUGGACAUUAGGGAAGGAAGACAAUCAAGAAAGUGUUCCUAUUAUAGAACUGAAGGACACAUAAGAAAUCAUUGUCCUAAUAACCCUGCACUUUCAUGA